CCAGGAGUUAAAUGGUUCAAUAAAUUCUUAAAAGAUUAUAAUUUAAUUCCUAAAUAUUUACGUAAAUUAGGAGCAGUUUAUAGUGCAGUAGCACAUGAGGCUAAGAAUAUGGCCCACGCUUAUACAAUUGCUAGAAAAUGUCUACGUCAUUUAUCUGAUAAUCAUACUUCUCCUGUGCAAAAUUACGUUGUAGUGAAUUAUUGCAGGAAGGGACAAUCUCCUGAUCAAGCAAGACUGUUUCAGUCAGAGCCAGACUCAGAUAUAAAUGAGGACUUAGAUGCGGUAUUAUUAAAAAUUAGUGUUACUAUCUUCAGUAAUUGGCAAAGAGAAAUCGAAAUCAUUCUACGUGAUACUUGUUUAGCAAAUAUAGAUAUUAUUUUUGAGGUAUUAUUGCCGGAAGCAACUGUUUCACAGCUAUUUUUAACUAUUGGAUUUAACUUAGUUUUUAUUAAUACGCCACAAAAAAUAUAA